AUCAGUUUGUUAGCAGCUUUUGCGACGUUCAGUUACCAAUUGAGUUUUACUCUACACCAUGUUGUGCGACCCAGUGUUUAGUAGUGGCUUCGUUAGAAGAGAAUUUAAUGACAGCGGAAUUGCCGACGGCAAGCUCCGCACCAUCUCGACUUCGUCUUGCGCCACGACCAUGUCCUCGGAGUCCUACCGCAUCUCUCUCGGCGUAGGGCCUCUGUGGUGGUCCUGAUGUCCCUGUCCACCACAGAACAGAUCACGAUAGGGCAUCGCUCUUGACGGGCUACAGCCGUAAGUCUUCGGUCGACUCGGCUGGUGGCAGCCUGUACGAGGCCAGCUCCCGGGCGUCGUCGUUGUCGUCCUCCCAGUCGGAUUGCUCCGACUUGGAGUCGCAGCCCGACAUCCACUCGCUGUGCUCGGACGAUGACUGCCAGGAAGUGCUGCGCCAGAUCUUGCAGCACGACCAGCCGGUGCAGAUCACCAUCAAGCUGCAUGUCACCGAGGACCAGUACACCAAUUGGAAUACGAUUCUGAACCCAGUCAACAACUUGUUGUAUGUCGCUCUACCGAAGGACCUUCCUCCGGCCGGCUCCAAGCAGACCUUCAUCUCGCUUCUGGAGUUCGCCGAGGAGAAGCUGGAGGUGGACGGCAUCGUUAUGGUAAUGCCUAAAGAUCAGCCGGAUCGAGCUCGCCUCAUCGAGGCGUUCCUCUUCAUGGGCUUCGAGCCGCUGUCCAGGAAGGCACCGCAGGCACCGCCGGCUGCCAUUAACGACAACGAGAACUACUACUUCCUCUACAGCAUCGAGGAGUAGUUCGUCGGCAAGGGGACGAUUUUCGCCACAGAAACGAAACAAAGAAGAAGUAAUAUCAGUAGCAAUCCAAUAUUCUGUUUCGUAGUUUCCGCAAAUAACUUUUAUUAGCCAGCCGUAGAUACAAUGACAUAUUGAGCUCAAUAUGUGUUCAGUGAAAAUCAGCAAAUCAAUCCUUUUUGAAUCUUCGCGUUGUUUAUGUAGUCGAAAAUCGUUUUGAAAAUUGUCUUCGGAGCGGCUUCAUUUUUGGUAGACUUUCAAUUAUGGCCAGCCACGUUAAGAGCCUGAUCGCAAAUUACUAUAUUAAACUAUAUCCAACAACAACAAAAAUCGAACGAAAACGUAAAAAAAAGUAGAAAACUAAAAAAUGUCAAAAAAAAAACAAAACAAAACAAAGGAAUGUAUUAAUCCUAAGUUUAUUCGUGAAUCAAUAUUUUUUAUUUAUGUUUUCAUGUCUAAUCAACAUAUAUAUUUUCUUCAUGUUUUUUCUAUAUAUUUUAUGUUUAAGCUUAUAUAUGAAGUAUUGUAAUCCCAAUUUGUUCGCACUUAAAAAUAUUCAAUAUAUUUUUAUUCACUUUUUGUACGCCGAAAGCGACGAGAACGGCGAGGUAGAAGUUUUGAAGGAUAGAAAGGGAAACGCAUAUGCAUAGAAGCUAAUUACAUAGAUCAGCAAAAAGGAUCCACAUACACGCUAUAUCCAAUAUUAAUAAACUUAUUAAUCAAUAGAUUCCACACCGCAAGCAAGCAAGCGAAAGCAGUUCUUUUAUUUAUACCACUUUGUAUGUAUCAUUUUCUUGAUUCCAAUAAUAAAACAUAUGACUUAACAAAAUUAUUGAAUUGUCGGCCGGAUUAUUAAAUUAUUUCGUUUACGACGCUCGCGUUUAGUGCGCAUUAUUAUUGUUUAUUGAAAGUAUCUCGAGUGGAACUUGGUCGAGACUUAUGAUUAAAUUUAUACACCCAAUUGCCUCACCUUCCUUUCGCAGAUAAGAGAGAUUUUAUAUGUAUUUCGUCUACUGUUUAAAAAGUGACCCAAUACGAUUGUUAGAGAUAAGUCUGCACAGUUUGUCACUUGAAGAUAAGUAGUUAUUGGAAAAACGGGGGCUCCU